UUUUUAUUUAUAAUUGAUGUAAAUAAAAGUUCUAUCGUUUAUAAAAAUGAUUCUGAAAAUGUUGAUGUAUGUUUAUAUCAAAAUGUUGAUGUAUGUUUAUAUCAACUACUAUAAUUGAUGUAAUCAAUAUACGUAUGAAAAUUAUGACUCACUAAAUUUUGAUAUGUGUGGUAAUGUAAUAAUAUAAUUUUUUUAUUGUAAGGAUUUAAAUCCUAUUUAAAUAACCAAAAUUUUAAAUAAUAGUUUUUUUUAAAAGAAGACUAUACAAUAAAAACUCAGGUAAAAAAAAUAGAAAAUAGAAAAAGAGAAUACAUUCAUAUAAAUUCAUAACAUACUAAUAAAUAAUAUGAUAAUAGCAUAUAUAUGUACACAUGUUUUGUGACUAUAUUGUAUUAACUUUACAUUUUUUUUUUGUCAUCAACUUAUACAUAUAAUGUACAAAUUAGAACAUAAUACUAUUUAUUAAAAUAAUUAAGAAGCGUUUAAUAAAUGACACGCAAAAAAAAUAUAACUUACCAGCAACAACAAAAAUUUGUUAUUACCGAAUGUACUAUCGGUUAUGUUUCCAUCGCCCCUAGAAUAUAACAAAUAAUGUGUGUAUAUAUAUAUAUAUAUAUAACAAUAUUUUAUUAAAUAUGUUCGAUUCGUAAAUAGACACAAUCCAACACAAAAUUAAGAGACAAAGAUAAAAACAAAUAAUUAAAAAAAUACUAAAGAUAAACUUAUAAACCCAUAAAAACUGGUAGAGAGUAUAAUCUUAUAAAAAGUAUAAUUCAAACUGAGAUAGAAAAGUGGAAACCCUAAAGCCUCUUAACAAACAAAUCUAUCUGCCAAAACCUUCUCUCGACGUUCUUAGAAAAGUGGAAUCUCUGUUCCAUCAUGGAACCGCUAGCUCCGUCGUUAACUCCGAAGCUCCGUCUGCUCUGUAGCUACGGUGGCCGGAUAACGCUCAUCCCACCGUCAAACUCCCUGGAAUACAUUGGCGGAGAGACACGCAUCGUUGCCGUUCCACGUGACAUCUCCUUUACCGCUUUCUCCCAGCUUCUCUCGGACAAGCUUCUCCAUGGCCGCUCCUUCUCCCUCAAGUACAGACCCCCCAGCUGCGACCUCGACUCUCUCAUCACCGUCACUAACAACGAAGAUCUACAAAACAUGAUCGCCGAGUAUGACUCAGCUAGUCCCCAGCGUAUCCGUCUCUUCCUCUUCCCGUUAAACUACCCCGAGUCAUCAACUCGACAUCCUCUCUCGGUUAACUUGCUUGGACUCGAACCGCCUAUACAGAAAAUAAUCUACACAUCUUCGUCUUCCGUUGUUCCCUUCCCGAAAUUCCCGCAAAAUAAUGAUACCACGACGAAGCGUGUGGAUCACGGUAAUAUCCAUGCCAUGUCGGACGAGGAUCCUAUAACUUCAGCCUCUUUGAACACCGGAGUUUCGGAUAAAGAAACUGAGAGAGAAGAGAUUCAAGAUCAACCACGGAGAAUAGUUAUCCAAGAGCCUUUGCAGCAGCAUCAAUUUUUACCGAUAUUCUACUUACCGGUCUUGCCAAUGCAGCCACAUAUGGUGACUCGUUCAGUGAAUGGAUACGCGUUGUCUCCGGCGAUGGAAUAUUCUACUGGAGCAGAUCUGGUGCUGGAAAAUAAGAAGACGGCGACCUGAGUGGGGUUUCUAUCCAGGUCAAGUAAGCCAAUCCAUUUGAGUUUAGGAAUUAACCUUUUAAAUUAGGAUUUGAUAUUUGUUAUAGAAUACGAGUGAUGGACAUGUGCACCGAUAUCUUUUAGACAGAUGUGGUUUGUAUCGUGACGUAGCUUUGGAUUUUGAUAAAAGCUGUUAAAUACUUGGGUGGGUUAAUGACUGGAUGUAGAUUUAUAGUUUAAAUACUUGAAUUUUAUUUACAUAUUCAACUAUAAUAGUUAGGAGUAAUAGUUUUGUUGGCAUUGUUUUCAGGACAAUUCUCUCAAUUAGCAUUUUUAAAUUUUUUGUCACAAAAAUAGCAUUCAAUGAGUAAAAUGACCAAAAUAACCUUUUUUAUUUUGAAAAUUUUAAUUUUUUUUGAAAUUUGAAACUCUAUCCU